UGAGUUCUCAUUAGCUCUGGGCAAUGUCAAUCCUUCGGUUGAUUCGCAGGGCUUGGCAGGCAGAGGCUCCCGCUAGUUGGUCGGCCGAGAUGCCAGUCUGCCUGCGGGCCCUGAUGAUUGGUAAGCGCCUUCUCGGCGGGGCGAGCCCUUUCCUCUGAUGGCCGCUUAUUGGCGGUCGGAGGGGACGACCGAGGGGGCUAUUGGCUGCGCUCUCCCGGCCCGCGGCUGCCGGCGUGGUGGGCGGGGCCCUCUCCCCCCUGCCUCCCCCCCAUUACCCAGCGGUGCCUUGCGCUGGGCCCCGGGUAGGCCGCGCUGCGGGCGGGAUGGCGGUGGCGGUGCGCGCGCUGCAGGAGCAGCUGGAGAAGGCCAAGGAGAGCCUCAAGCACGUGGACGAGAAUAUCCGCAAGCUCACGGGACGGGACCCCAAUGACGUGAGGCCCCCUCAAAACAGACUGCUAGCCAUCACAGGCCCUGGUGGAGGUAGAGGGCGUGGGAGCUUAUUGCUGAGGCGUGGAUUCUCGGAUAGUGGAGGAGGACCCCCAGCCAAACAGAGGGAUCUUGAAGGGGCAUCCAGUAGGCUGGGUGGAGAACGUCGGACAAGAAGAGAAUCACGCCAAGAAAGCGACGGAGAGGAUGAUGAUAUUAAAAAGCCAGCGUUGCCAUCUUCUGUUGUGGCUACCUCCAAAGAGCGAACACGUCGAGACCUUAUACAAGAUCAAAAUAUGGAUGAGAAAGGAAAACAAAGGAAUCGACGUAUAUUUGGCUUGUUGAUGGGCACACUUCAAAAAUUUAAGCAGGAGUCCACAGUUGCUACUGAGAAGCAAAAGAGACGACAAGAAAUUGAACAAAAACUUGAAGUGCAGGCAGAGGAAGAAAGAAAGCAAGUUGAAAACGAAAGGCGAGAACUAUUUGAAGAAAGACGUGCUAAACAAACAGAGCUGCGGUUACUGGAGCAAAAGGUUGAGCUUGCUCAGUUGCAAGAAGAAUGGAAUGAACAUAACGCUAAAAUAAUUAAAUACAUAAGAACGAAGACAAAACCCCAUUUAUUCUACAUACCUGGCAGAAUGUGUCCUGCUACACAGAAGCUGAUGGAAGAGUCACAGAAAAAGAUGAAUGCAAUCUUUGAAAGCAGGCGAAAUGAAUUUGCAGAGCAGAUUAACAAAAUGGAGGCCAGGCCCAGAAGACAAUCUGUGAAGGAAAAAGAACAGCAGGAGGUGCAGAAUGAAGAAAAGAAGGAAGAACAGAACAAGGAGCAGGAAGAGGGUAAGGUGGUUCAGCAGGUGGAAGAGUUGGAGACAGGUAAUCAGCACAAUGAUGUAGAAAUGGAGGAGGCAGGGGAGGAAAAGGGAAAAAUAGGUUCAGGGCAUAGCGAUGCAGAGAAAGAACAGGAAGAGGAUGAACAGAAACAUGAAAUGGAGAUUAAAGUAGAAGAGACUACUGAGGUGAGGGAGAAUGACAAGCAAGAGGAUGGUCAGCAUGAAGAGGUCACUGUAGUAAAAGAGGAAAGUGAAAACAUUCAGCCAGUGGAUAAUGAGCAGGAUGUGGCUGAAAUGAAUGAGGCAGAUAGUGUAGAACCUGUAGAAAAUGAAAAUGGCAAAGAAGUGGAACCAGAAACAGAGUGUGAUGCUCAAACAGAGAAAGCAUGUAGUGAUCCUUCUCCUGAGAAGGAGAAAGGAAUUAAAGCAGAAAUUGAAGCUGAACCUGAAGAAAAACAGGAGAAGGCACCUGAAGCUCAGCCAGAACCGGUGGCUGAGGCUCUUUCUCAGCCACAGUCUGUGCCGCUGCCACAGUCACCUCAGUUGUCUCAGGCCACUCAGGAUACAGAGCCCCCGGCAGACAAGGAUGAAAAUGCUGUGGUGUCUGUAAAGGUGGUUGAGGCACAGACAGAGCAGAGUCAGGCACCGAGUGUAGAAAUUAAGAGUAAGACUAGGAGUAGAAGCAGGGGUAGGGCAGGGAACAAAACUGGUAAGAGUCAUAGCCGUAGUAGCAGCAGCAGUAGCAGCAGUAGUACUUCAAGCAGCACUACUAGUGGAAGUAGUUCCAGCACUGGCAGCAGUAGCAGUCGGAGUAGUUCCACCAGCAGCAGCACUACAAGUGGAAGUACUAGCAGGGACACUAGUAGCAGUAGCUCUACCAGUAGUGAAAGUCGAAGUCGAAGCCGAGGAAGAGGGCAUAACAGAGAUAGAAAACGCAGAAGGAGCACGGACAGGAAGCGAAGGGAUGCUUCAGGAGUAGAUAGAAGUCACAAGUCCUCAAAAGGUGGUAGCAGAGAUACCAAAAGCUCAAAGGAUAAAAGUUCAAGAUCUGACAGAAAGAGGUCUAUUUCAGAAAGUAGUCGGUCAGGCAAGAGAACUUCACGGAGUGAAAGAGACCGUAAAUCAGACAGGAAAGACAAAAGGCGUUAACAGAAGAGACCAAGCUUGCUUAGCCUAAUCUUUGCAGCAGAAGAUUAUUUGAGUGAAAGGAUUCCUUGUAAGGAGGAGGAGAAGGCUGCCUUAAGAAUUGCAUGCUGUAAAAAAUCUUUUGGAAAAAUGCAGACUGUUUACCAGGCAUUCUUGUACUUUUUACAUAAUUUUGUAAAAGGUUACUUACCAAAAUUGUGUGAAGUUCCUGAAAAUGUAAAAAUAAAAGAUUAACACUCCUUUGCAUCUUUUUUUAAAUAUCCUGUACUCAUUAAGAUCCUCUGUAUAUUUUAAUAGGUAAACCUUUAAGUAGGUGUGAUCACUUCUUCUGUAUCAUACACUUUUUUUUUGUAGAAAUAAAUGUGCAUUUUAAAUAAAUUGUUUGAGAUGUCCUGUUGACAAUUAAAUUCCCCGUUUAGAUCAUACAUAGGGAGGCAAUGUUGCAGGAAGCCUAAAAUUUUCCUUUUCCCCUCUAUUCUAUUCCUUGAAAGAAUGGGAAUCUUAAGACCCAGUAAAGGGAGUAAUCUCUCCAGUGCUGGGUAGGAAAGGAAAGUAAUAGAUUUGGAUCUAUACCUUUUGUUUUCUUCUGUAAUCACAAGCUCUUACUCAACUCUAUCUUCCAGUUUUAUAAAACUUCUUCCUAUUCAUAGGCAAGCAGUGAUGAAAUGGGAAUGUUAACACUGGCCGAAAUAGCUCAAGUUAGUCUGGAAUACCACUCUUAGCUGCUUCCUUAAGGUGCUUUGUUAGUAUUUACAUCUGUGUUCUGGAUACAGUUAAUCUGUUUACUGAUGUUCCUUGCUUUGAUGGCCAGUGGAGGAAAGACUUCAGCUUGCUUCUCAACCAGGAUUCUUUUUAUUUUAGUUGCAGACUAAUCUUUGAUCCCUUCAUACCACUAGGAAUAAAUACAUUGCAGUGUUGGAGUUACCCGGGGCUACCUAAUACUAAUGUUGUGUGCGUGCAAGAAUGCUUUCUGAAUGUAUUUAAUACAACUUAAAGUGGUAUGGUGUUAUCUAUGAAGGUGAAUACUGUUUUUAUAUAAUUUUGUAUGGAAAACAAUAACAUCUGUCGCUCUGUUCUGUACAUGUGCAAAUAAAUGUGGCUUUGUAGACUA